CAUGCGUAAAUCCCUGGUCCCAGCAGUGGAGUAAUCACAGGGUGUACGCUGUUUUUCACUUUUAUUUACAGUUCUAAGCAUUAACACGAUAUAUUUGUAACAUUAGGAGAUACGUACAGGCUUAUUCUGUUGCUUAAAGGUUUUAGCGGCUGAUCUCAUUAACGCUGACCGAAGCAGAGAGUGUGGGGCGGACACAGUCGAGCGGGCCAUGAGCUAACCUCCGGACCCUGGAGGAGAGAGGUGUCGUCCGGUAUAGAAGAGGAGAGAAGAGGGGGACAGGGGGACAGGAGGACAGGAGAGGGAAGAGACCUGGAGAGGAGUAAGACUAGGGGACCCGGAUAAGGAGAGGAGAGAGGCAACCCUGAAGAGGAAGAGGGGACCAGAGAGAAGAAGAUAGAAGGACUGGAUAGGAGGAGUUGCAGAGCGGGAGAGAACAAGAGAAGAUGGGGAACAGUGCUCUAAAGUCCCACCUGGAGACCUCUCAGAAGACUGGAGUGUUCCAGCUCAUGGGGAAAGGCCUACAGGAGUUUCCAGAGGAGCUGCAGCGUCUGACCUCAAACCUUCGCACAGUCGACCUGUCUGGAAACAAGAUCGAGGUGCUUCCUGCUUCGAUCGGGAACUUCCUACAUAUGAAGAGUCUGACGCUCAACGCAAACAGGCUCACCACUCUUCCUCCAGAGAUCAGCAAACUGAAGAAGCUGGAGACACUGAGCCUGAACCAGAACCAGCUCCAGCGAGUCCCGGGGGCCCUGUGUGAGCUCAAAGCCCUUAGAACGCUCUCUCUGUCCGGUAACCUCCUCUCAGAGCUGCCCCCUGGCCUCGGAGCUCUGAGGCACCUCGAUCUACUGGACCUGUCCCACAACAAGAUCCAAACCAUCCCCCCAGAAGUGCAGGAGCUACAGGCCAUUGAGCUCAACCUCAACCAGAACCAGAUCUCGUCUGUGGCGCCCUCCAUUGCUCAGUGUCCACGGUUGAAGGUUCUUCGUUUGGAGGAGAAUUGUCUAGAGCUGUCGGCGGUCCCUCAGUCGGUGCUGGUGCAGUCUCAGGUGUCUCUGCUCUCUCUGGAGGGGAACCUGUUUGAGGUGAAGAAACUCCGAGACAUGGAAGGAUAUGACAAGUACAUGGAACGUUUCACCGCCACAAAAAAGAAGUUUACCUGAAGCUGAAGGAUCAGGAUGUAAAACAGAACAUUUAAACUUUAACAGAAUUUAAUCUCAACAAGAAAAAUAUUUCAUCAAGCACUGAAAAAAUGAAGUUUGAAGACUAAAAGACUAAAGCCCGACAGAACUCUGCACUCUGACACUCACCCGUGUUUUGCUUCAUUCGGACACUCACACAUGUUUUGUUUCAUUCAUGUCGCUCUUUAGCUGCACAAGCCUGUCUGUAUGCCAGCUGUUUUAGCUCCUCCAUGUUCAAACUGUCAGUGAAAAACAUGGCUAGCUUAGAGUUCAGAUAUUUUGCAUAAUUAAUUACUGUGGCCGUGUUUUAGGUGACGUCACACAUUCUACAGACCAAUCGUAUUUAACACAGACGGAGCAACGCAAGUGAAUUUUGUUCAGUGUAAUCUAGAGAAGUGUGUGUGACCCCUGACCCCAUCUGGGUAUGAUGUCAUCACAUUCUAGGGUCUGAAAACCAACAGUAAAGUCAGGAGAACCUGUGUGGAGCACCACCUGAUGACAUCACAAGGUAUAACUGAGUGUUUUGUUAGCUGUGCAGAGGGAGACACACUAAAUGUGCAGGAUUACUGAAACAUUUGUGAAUGGAACAAAAUACUACUCAAGGGAUGUUUCUGAGGAGGACACUACAUUAGAACAGGGUUAAAGCCCCACUGCAGGACAUUUCAUUAGAACAAGGUUACAGAAAGGAAAGACAGAUACAGUGUUUAAAUGUGACAAUUAAUGAUGAGCAAGCAGCUACAGCGUGAAACGUGUCAUAUGAAGUUUAAAUCUAGUUGCUGUUUUUCUGCUCUGAAAAGUAUUAAAGAGGGGGUAUAACAUUUUUUCUACAUUUUUAGCUUUCAUCCAUGUUAUAACAUUAUUCCCUCAUCAAAAGACAUGCAGGCUUUUUAUAUUUUGCGUAAUAUAGGAUCUUUAGGAUGUACAAUAAAUUGUUUAAACUUCGAUAUUUAGAGUCAAAACAGAUCAUGUAUCAUGUUUAAAAUGCUAAACUCUUUACCUGCACAGUGACUCAUGGAUUCAUACUAAUGAUAAUAGUGACAGUUAUAAAUUUGUGUGGCUGUCGAUCUGUGCCAACAGCGUCUCCAACCAGUUCACCUCAGGCCUGUGACACAAAUUACCAUUAAUUAAGAAAAUAUUUUACUAAAAAUCUCUGGCAUUAAUUACCUUUAAGAUCUUUGUCCAAACUUAAAGAGAGGGUAUUAUGCCAUAUGGAGUUUUUGUAUCUUUUUCCUGUGUUCUAGUGCUGUUUCCUCAUCAAAAACAUGAAGAGGUUUUAGAUGUCAUUCAUGCAUGUUUGAGUAAUCUAGCGAUCUCUCCCAGGCGCUAUUUAAACCCUCCUUACGGUUAGCAGUACGAGCCUGUACAAGGCUCCGCCCACAAGCCUACGUCACCCAUGCUCCCACAUGACAAUUCUCCAUAAAUAUACAAAACAUGACACAAAACUGUUCACAGCAACUUGACAAAGCUGAUGUGAUGUGCAGUAGUUUCAUUAGUGGGAUGCAGCUGAUUGUGUUGUGUAGUCCUGUGAAGGAGGAGUGACUUAGCACAGAAAGCAAAAGGAGGAGGACUCAGAUCACCAUGUCCUAUUACACUUUCAUUUUUGACGCUCUAAGUAUGCAAUGUGGUACUCCCUCUUUAAUACCACAUAGAAGUCAAAUACCCCCUUUUUAGUAUCACAGAAGUCAAAUACCUCUCCUUUAAUGAGAAAAUAAUGAGACAAAGCUUUAUUUCUCUGUAUUCAUUUCUUCAUGCGGCUUUUUUGUUGAGUUUUUCUGUGGAGUUUUGUCCAGUUGUAAAUAAUGCAAAUCUUUAUGCUGUAAUGUUUAACCAAUAAACUAAUGCAACUCCUCAC